GUCCAGGCGUGCGGAAAAAAAUCAAGGGCUCCAAAGACGGAAAGAAGAAGGGGAAGGGGAAAAAGAUGGCAGGCUUGAAAUUCCGGUUUGGAGGAAUCCCCAGCAAAAGGAAAAAGGGCUCCUCUAGCGAGGAGGAGGAACGGGAGGAAUCCGACUUCGACAGCGCCAGCAUCAACAGCUCCUCAGUGCGCUCCGAGGGCUCUGCUGGCCUGGGGAAGAGAGGGAAGAGGAGGAGAAAGAAAAAGAGGAUUGAAGAAGGGGACGGCUACGAGACGGACCACCAGGACUACUGCGAGGUGUGCCAGCAGGGAGGGGAGAUCAUCCUCUGCGACACCUGCCCUCGCGCCUACCACCUCGUCUGCCUGGACCCUGAGCUGGAGAAGCCUGCCAGUGUUACGCUGGUUGUUCAUCCUCAGGAGAAGGAGGGCAUCCAGUGGGAGCCAAAGGAGGAGGAAGAGGAGGAGGAAGAGGAAGGUGGCGAGGAGGAAGAGGACGACCACAUGGAGUUCUGCCGGGUCUGUAAGGACGGAGGGGAGCUGCUGUGCUGCGACACCUGCCCGUCCUCCUACCACCUCCACUGCCUGAACCCGCCGCUGCCCGAGAUACCCAACGGCGAAUGGCUCUGCCCUCGCUGCACAUGCCCUCCCUUGAAGGGCAAAGUCCAACGCAUCCUGCACUGGGCCUGGAAGGAGCCGCCGGCCACCCCGCUGCCACCCGUGCUGCCCGCCCCAGGCACGGAGCUGGCUCUGCCCGCGCCGAAGGUGCUGGAGGGGAUUCCGGAGCGCGAGUUCUUCGUGAAGUGGGCAGGCCUGUCCUACUGGCACUGCUCCUGGGUCAAGGAGCUGCAGGUGAGCUGGCGCGGCGGGCGGGGGGGGGGGGGGCGGAACAUCCAGAGGGAUAAGCGGAAGAAGCAGGCCCCGCAGUACGCCAAGAUGGAGGAGCGGUUCUACCGCUACGGCAUCAAGCCCGAGUGGAUGAUGAUCCACCGCAUCCUGAACCACAGCUUUGACAAAAAGGGAGACAUCCAUUAUCUGAUCAAGUGGAAAGACCUGCCCUACGACCAGUGCACCUGGGAGAUCGACGAGAUAGACAUCCCAUACUACGAAAACCUCAAACAUCUCUACUGGAACCACAGGGAGCUGAUGCUGGGGGAGGACACGCGCCCUCUGAAGAAGCUGAACAAGAAAGGGAAAAAGCUGAAAGAGGAGAAGCUGGAAAAGCCUCCAGAAACACCUCUUGUGGAUCCUACGGUGAAGUUUGACAAGCAGCCGUGGUACAUCGAUGCCACGGGGGGCACGCUCCAUCCUUACCAGCUGGAAGGGCUAAACUGGCUGAGAUUUUCCUGGGCCCAGGGGACAGAUACAAUCCUGGCUGACGAGAUGGGGCUGGGGAAGACUGUGCAGACCAUUGUGUUCUUGUAUUCCCUGUACAAGGAGGGCCACUCCAAAGGGCCGUAUCUGGUGAGCGCCCCUCUCUCCACCAUCAUCAACUGGGAACGCGAGUUUGAGAUGUGGGCACCCGACUUCUACGUCGUGACCUACACGGGGGAUAAAGAAAGCCGGUCGGUCAUCCGGGAAAAUGAGUUCUCUUUUGAAGACAACGCCAUCCGGAGCGGAAAGAAGGUGUUCCGGAUGAAGAAGGAAGCCCAGAUCAAGUUCCACGUCCUGCUCACCUCCUAUGAGCUGAUCACAAUUGACCAGGCGGUGCUGGGCUCCAUAGAGUGGGCCUGUCUGGUGGUGGAUGAAGCCCACAGGCUGAAGAACAACCAGUCCAAGUUCUUUAGAGUAUUAAAUAGCUACAAGAUCGAUUACAAGCUGCUGCUCACCGGGACUCCGCUCCAGAACAACUUGGAAGAGCUCUUCCACCUGCUCAAUUUCCUGACUCCUGAGAGGUUUAAUAACCUGGAGGGCUUCCUGGAGGAGUUUGCAGACAUCUCCAAGGAGGACCAGAUCAAAAAGCUUCACGACCUACUGGGUCCCCACAUGCUGCGGCGGCUCAAGGUGGACGUGUUCAAGAACAUGCCCGCCAAGACGGAGCUGAUUGUGAGAGUGGAGCUGAGCCAGAUGCAGAAGAAGUACUACAAGUUCAUCCUGACGAGGAAUUUUGAAGCCCUGAAUUCCAAAGGUGGUGGGAACCAGGUCUCGCUGCUCAACAUCAUGAUGGACCUGAAGAAGUGCUGCAAUCACCCGUACCUCUUCCCCGUGGCGGCGGUGGAGGCCCCGGUUCUGCCCAACGGAUCCUACGAUGGGAAUUCUUUGGUCAAAUCUUCUGGGAAACUGAUGCUGCUCCAAAAGAUGCUGAAGAAGUUACGGGAUGGGGGUCACAGGGUUCUCAUCUUCUCCCAGAUGACAAAGAUGCUGGACUUGCUGGAGGAUUUCCUGGAGUAUGAAGGCUACAAGUACGAGCGGAUCGACGGGGGCAUCACGGGCGGGCUGCGCCAGGAGGCCAUAGACAGGUUUAAUGCUCCUGGUGCUCAGCAGUUCUGCUUUCUCCUCUCUACCCGCGCCGGCGGUCUGGGCAUAAACCUUGCUACGGCCGACACAGUCAUUAUUUAUGAUUCUGACUGGAAUCCCCACAAUGACAUUCAGGCGUUCAGCAGAGCUCACCGCAUUGGGCAGAACAAGAAGGUGAUGAUCUACCGCUUUGUGACCAGAGCGUCCGUUGAGGAGCGCAUCACCCAGGUGGCCAAAAGGAAGAUGAUGCUCACCCACCUGGUGGUCCGCCCAGGGCUCGGCUCCAAGUCGGGCUCCAUGACCAAGCAAGAGCUGGAUGACAUCCUCAAGUUUGGGACAGAAGAGCUCUUCAAGGAUGAUGUGGAAGGCAUGGUGUCUCAGGGACAGCGGAUUGCCAUGCCGGAUGCUGUCCCCCCUUUCUCUGACACGCUGUCAACCAAAGGGGGUGCAGUGACUCCCAGCAUGAAAAAAAAGCAUGGUGGCACCCCACCAGGUGACAAUAAGGACGUGGAUGACAGCAGUGUGAUCCACUAUGACGAUGCUGCCAUCUCUAAGCUUCUGGACCGAAACCAGGAUGCGACUGAUGACACGGAGCUGCAGAACAUGAACGAGUAUCUCAGCUCCUUUAAAGUGGCCCAGUAUGUUGUGAGAGAAGAGGACGGUGUGGAGGAGGUGGAACGUGAGAUCAUCAAGCAAGAGGAGAAUGUGGACCCCGACUACUGGGAGAAGCUGCUGCGGCACCACUACGAGCAGCAGCAGGAAGAUCUGGCCAGGAACUUGGGGAAAGGGAAGAGAAUCCGCAAGCAGGUCAACUACAACGACAACUCACAAGAUACGGCUGUGUGGCAGGAUGAGCUCUCUGACAACCAGUCGGAGUACUCCAUCGGCUCUGAGGAUGAGGAUGAAGACUUUGAAGAGAGGCCGGAAGGUCAGA